UCUCCAUACAUCCAUGGCAUCGAUGUAGCUCACUCGUGGAUGUAUUAAGAGAAAAUCUCACUCUGUUAAACUUUCAUCUGAAACUUCCUGUUGAACAGUUGUUGUUGUUUUCUGGUGCAGUUUUACGUCAAAGUUUAGCGUCAUGUUUCCAUAGCAACGGAGCAGCUCGACACCCGAGGACACGGAUAGGAAUCCAUGUCAACAACAAAAAAAUAAAGACCUGUGAUGCAGCUGGAAGCCAAUAAGUGGACCUGCAGUUUGGAUUGUUUCGUCAAAGUAUUUUAAGAAGACCGUCUUCACAGGAAACAUGUCUUCACCCAGGGUGGGUGUGGUCAGAGACUCCAUGUUGACCAGACCACUGCUCAUCAAGGCAUCUUUGGGUCAGACCAGGUCCAGAGGUCUGUCAGUUCCUGGUCCAGAGUUCACUUUUGGAACCAGCAACUUGAUCAGAGAUGGAGGCGUGUCCGAGGUUCUGUCCAGUUGGAGGGUUCAGUCCAGACGUGGACACUCUGCUCCUCAUCAACCGCUCAUUACCGACUUUGUGUCUCUGAACCGGGACGCAGUGAAGUCAGGUCUGGUGACAGCCAAAGAGCUGAGUCAGUACCGGGCUCAGAGGGGCGAGGCCAGGAGCAAGAUUCCCGCCCCCAAACAGAAGGAGGGCAGGGCUUCACGGCACCCGACGGUGCCUGACAUCACGUUUGGAGUCACAACCAGGGUGUCGUCUCCUUUGUCAGACCUCCUCUCUCAUGAGUAUGCUCGCCGCUGGAUGGACGAACAGCUGAGCAGGAAUCAAACCAGCGACCACAAACAGCUGCAGAGGAUAAAACCAGGAUGUAUUCCCGACACAAGGACCAGCCUGCUGAGGAGGAGCAAAGCUCUGCCCGUCACACAGACGCCAUUCAAGCUGCCCCGCUUUAUACAGGCUGCUCCGGCUCUGGACACCUUCAGGGACCAGGACGCUCGUCUCCGGGCGGUCAGGGCUCAUCAGUCAGACUCUGUGUCCAGGAGAGGAGUUCAGGGUCUGGGGAUGUACAGUCUGGACUGAACUGUGGAGGAAACAUGUUCAACCUUAAUUCAAAUAAAAAAGAAAAA